CUACUAUAGCUCACGUUAUUUAACUUUUUAAUAGAAAGUUAAUUUUAUAUUGUAAGAGUUUUUAAAGUUUUCACACUCUUUGAUGAGUACAUUUAUUUUUCCAUGGGCACCAACCCAUAUGAACCGUUCCUAUAAAUAACCGUUAAAUAUGUACAAUAACUGUAAUAGCGGCGCUCGGGAAAAAGCAUUGGCAUUUUGUUUGUUUGUUGGUGAUGCAGCCAGAGUAAAGAACAUGCCACAAAUUAACAUCGAAAUUUUGUUUCCUACACUUUCCUAUACAUGGAAAUUGGUGCUUAUUAUCGCAUGUUUCUUUGUUGGCUAGCCUGAAUCCGAUCGUGAAACGUGUAUUCACAAAUGAUAAGAAUACGUUUAGUAAUGAACAAUACUAGAUAAGUGGAAUCGCUAAAUAAUCAUACGUGUAGUUAACGUUGAAAAACCUCGAUGAAUAGUAAAUUAGGUCAAACAGUGACGGAAUGUCAAAGUAGGACCUUAAAUGGAAAAUGGCGAAGAUCGUGAAAGGAUCUGAACCGUUGAGCACGAUUUUGAGUUGUGAAUAUUGCACUAACCUUUCAUUCAAGCAAAUAGAAGAUUUUGUGAGACACCUAAGAGACCAGCAUUGUGCCAUAGAAGGAGGAUCUUUUGUGUGCCUCUAUGGUUAUAAUGGAGUAUGCGCUAGUCUUCCUGUGGAAGGUGUUUCUGAUAAAGAUUAUGUGACACACGCUACUAAACAUGCAGCAAUGCAACAGCAGCGUAAAAGCAAUGGCCAAUUCUCAGAACCAUCUUCUUCAUGGACUGUAUAUUCUGCUGCACAGAAUUUACCAGCUGUUUUAAAUGACCCAUUUAAAGGAAAACAGAGUAACUUCUUCACUCGUACUUGGGGAGAUGGAUUUGUAGAAAAAGUUGAUAUACCUAAAAGUCCAUACCUUCCUGAAAUUACCAUGCAACAUUUCGAGUCAUAUUUAAAGAAAAUUACCAGGAGAUUUAGAAAACAUUCUCGUAUGAAUUCAAAUGCCAAUAGACCAACUACUCCUAAUGAAUUGUUACAAAAUUUUCCAAACUUAAAAAAAGUGAAGUGUUUAGACAGAGUGCAAUUUGAUUUAACAAACAUUCCAAAAAUUUUUUUAACACCUAAUCUGGAUCUUUCUCAAAAGGAUAACUUUUAUGCUGUAUUUCCAUUUACAAAAAAUGGAUUAUUGAAUGAAGAUUCUAAUAUUGUUAUGCAUGUAAAACAAAUGCAAGAAAAGUUAAGUCACUAUUUAGAUGUUGUGGAAGUUAAAAUAGCUGAACAGGUUGCUUCAAAAUCUCAAGCAUUUUUUCAUGCUAUGACUUCUCAUGAUGCCUUAAUGGAGCAACUUACACAAACUAUUACUGUUCUGAAAGCUCUUAGAAAGAAUAUUCAUCAAGUUGAUAGACAUCUAGUCAAUGAUUCCUUAGAUAUAUUACGAUUAGAACAAGCAAGAUCUAAUCGAUUAUUAGUUCAUGAAAAAUUGAAGCUUAUGGCCACAGUACAUCAAAGUCAACCAAUGAUACAAUUAUUAUUAUCCACUCCAGAUUAUGUUGCAGCAUUAGAUCUUAUUUCCACAACACAAGAGAUACUUUUACAAGAGUUAAAUGGGGUGCAUAGUUUUAGACAUCUAAGUUCUCAGUUAACAGAAAUGGAAAAAUUAGUAGAUAAAAUGUUGUCUACAGAAUUUCAAAGAUAUGCAACUGCUGAUUUGAACAGACCGUUAGGUGGUGAAAGCAGUGUUCUGGAUGGUGAUAAACUUGUGUCCAUCAUAUCUGGUCUGCUGCGGCAAAAACAUUUUCAAUUUGUGGAUACCUACAAAGAGGAAGCUAUAACAACAGUCAGGGCUGUCACAAAGCAGAGAGUUAUAGAAGCUUUAGCAGCAAGUGAUUGUUGCAGUGAUCAACAAGCAGCUGCCCUUGAAGUUGGUGGACUUUCCUUAGCAGAGAGAUUGACGCUACUUAAUAACACUAUACAAUCAUUGACAUUUCUACUUAUGCGAGUAAAGGCUGUUCAUGAUGUUAUGCAAGACACAGUAGACCUUGUAACUGGUCGAAUUUGUGACGGUUCGUUUGAUGAUAGUAUUCCUGAUCGAUUAUUAACUAGAGUAGAGCAUUCACGAGUGACAACCAAACUCAAUGAUAUGAUAACUUCGGUUUGCGAUUAUUGUCAUGAACGAAUGGGGAAUCUGCUUUCUGCAGGUGCAAAUGAUAAAGAUAAGUCCCAAAUUGAUAAAGAGAAAAUGAAUAACGAGAGUGCAAAUAAUAAACAAGAAGAAAAGGAAGGUCAAAAUUGGAAUGAUAAAUCAUCUUGGCUAAGUAAAAGGGCAACUACGGCUCAGGUAUGCCAGUUAGCUAACUUAGUUGAGGGAUUCACAGAAACUUGCGAAAAAGUCUGUGGUAAGCAGUGUACAGCUUUACGAUCUGCCUUUAAGGCACAAGCUAGCAAGUUUAUUCAGAGAUUUCACACUGAGCUGAAAACAAAGCUUACUCUUUUAUUGGAGUCGGAAAGAUGGAAGCAGGCUGACGUACCAACUGAGUUUCAGUCUUUAGUAACUUAUGUGUACGAAAACAACUGCUUACCAACUUAUCAAUUUAAGCCCGAAGACAGGGCUAAAGAAGAUGUUAUUCAUAAUUUUAUUAUAAUAGGUGACGAAAAAUACGCCGUCGUUGCCACGGCUUUAAUGCUUAUACAAAUGAUUCACGAAUAUUGCAGAACUGCCAGUGAGUUAAUCGCCUUGUCUGGGACAAUAGGAAGGUAUUUGGCUGAAUUACUACGUCAUUAUAAUUCCCGUUGCUGUCAACUUGUACUUGGCGCUGGCGCGAUGCAAGUUGCUGGUUUAAAAACAAUUACUAGUACAAUACUAGUAUUAGCUGCGCGUAGCUUGAAGCUGAUUUUGUGGUUUAUGCCUUUUGUAAAGGCACACUUUCAAUCAUUGAUAGAACAAAAUCCUAGUCGUGGAUUUGGUUCGUCUAAUAUAAGUGGCGGUGUAGCGUUAUUGGAUAGUGUUGAAAGGCAUAUUCGAGAUCAUGUAAAGGGAAUUGAAGGCAAGAUCCUUACUAUUGUUGACAAUCUGCUUGGUGGACAAAUAUCAAAGUGGACUGCAAGACCACCUGUACCAUCAGUUUCAUUUAGAAACAUUUCAAACUAUUUAAUAAAGCUACACGAAGCUGUUUCUGGAAUUCUGCCUGCAGUCGAAGUACAAAUCUUGUAUCGUACGGUAAACACAUCUUUUAAAGAAAAACUCAGAGAACAGUUAGUUAAAAUGAAUAUAGUGAACAACGGUGGUCCACAGCAUGGCAUAGUUACGUCUGAACUUACUUUUUAUCUCGAAGCAUUACGAAAAUUAAAAGUGUUGCCUACCAAUGAGCUAGAUGACAAUUGGAUGAGUGACAUAUGGACUAGAUAACAUGCAGAGCGUGUGAUAUAUUGCAUAAUAGAGGCGAUGAAGUAUUGCCGAAAGAGGUGACUAAUCUUUCUUAUCGUCUUCCUGCGCACGCUUCACAAUAGUCCUAACGACUAUGAAUGUUUCAAUGGAUUUUUAAGACAUGGUGGCUUCUAUUGGAAUCAUACAUAACAAUAUUUCUAAUUAUUUUAUUCAUAAGCAUUUUUAUAAAAUGCUGUAUCCAAUACUUCAGAACCUGGGUAAAUAGAAAACUAAAAAAAGGUUUCAUGGGAAUAUGAUUUUAUAUACAUUGGUUAUUGGCUACAUUUCAUAAGAAUUAUAAGUUAGUUAUAUUAUUCUGUCUCCCAAACAAUCAUUUAUUUACGCUAUAGUGUUCAAGUACGAACUUUGGUAUAAUGAGUAUGAACUAUAAAAAAGAAUUCUGCAUAUUAUGUGAACUCUUUUCUUUUAUAUCUGUGGUAUUCAAUCAUGAAGAGCUCAUUUUUAUUUAAACAUUAUUAACCAGGCAAUACAGUUUUUAGUAUCAUUUGUGAAAUAUUUAAUUUAACAGAACAUUGCGAGAAAAUAGGGUUGGGAUAGAAGGACCAAGAUUUUAAGUAUCAAAUAACUUUCUUCUUUACAUAAGUGUCCAUAUAUUUUACUCGUAUUUUCUAAUAAUUAAAAUUAAAAUUUCAUCGAAACAAUCGGUAAUAAACUUCAUAUUCUAAUGUUCAUACUCGAACUUAAUAGUUCAAAUGAAAGACCUAAAAAUUGUUUAAAAUAUGAAAGACGUAUAUAAUACAACUGCUUUUAUUGUUGUGUUCACUGCUAGAAUUGGACUGAUUAUAAAGAAUGUAUCCUCAGAAUAAAUCUAAUAAUGAUCCUUUGAACGUUUUUAUAUAUCAUGUAUUACUUAUAUCAAUCUGUUUUUAUCGACAGAUUAUUACACUAGGUUUUUAAUAGUAAAGGUGGCUUAUUGUAGGACUGCUACUGAUGGUGUGUUUUUAUCAAACUUUCCUGAACGAAUUAGGGAAAUAAUUCUCUGGAGAAGGAAAAAAGAUAUAACUCAAUUUAAUACUACAUCACUAUAAGCGUUUCGCGUAUUUCAAAAAAAGGUUGUGGAUUUGAGCAAUUCUCUUAUAUAAUUGAUUGUAAACUUUUUUUUCAUUCCUGUGACCAAAGAUAAAGUGAUAAGUUAUUGUUAUCUCAUAUUACGUUGCUUAUAUAUAAUCUUCUUAUUUACAUUAGCUUCUGUAAUGUUUAUAAUUUAUUAUAAAUUAUAUUUAUAUGGUGCAUUCCAUUAUCAACUUAGUCUAGUCUACUCUGUACAUCACGGAUAAAUAACACAAUAAUCAGUUGUAUUUUGAGCCAUUAAU